UCUUGUGUAAUCGCAUAUGCCAGUCCGAGAAAGGGACAGGAAGUCUCAGAGGCUGGAGAGCGGAGCUGCAAGAUCGCUCGGGCAGGAACGGCCAGUUGGCAGUUCUGGCUGAGAGCUCUUCAGAGGGGAGCUGGCCCUCCAGCCACGCCUGACACACAGGACUGGGCUGCAGGAACAGUGUCCUCAGCAUGAUGCUGUCCCAGCCCAAGGCCAAGGAAGAAGCCUUUGACUGUUCCACUCCAAAGGGCACCAUUAUCCCCCAAAGGGAGAAACAGGGGCACGUCUACCCCAAAGAGGAUAAACCGCAGGAUGAGCUGCAAAAAGAAGCCACAGUGCUUGGAGUUAUCCAGAUCCUGUGUGGCCUGAUGAUUUCAAGCUUGGGGGCCAUUGUGGUUUUUGCUCCUUACUCUUCCCACUUCAAGCCAGCAGUUUCCACCAUUUUAAUGUCUGGGUACCCAUUUGUAGGAGCUCUGUGUUUUGCCAUUUCCGGAUACCUCUCAGUUAUCUCGGGGAAAAAAUCACCUAAGCCCUUUGCCACGAGCAGCCUUAUCUCAAAUGCAGUGAGUUCUGCGGCCGCCGGAGCAAGCCUCUUCCUCCUCGCUCACGGCCUGGUAGCCCUGAGGACUGCCUCUCAACUGUGUGACUCAGAAAAGGAGCAUCUAUCUUCACUGCCUUAUUCGGAGUACUAUCAUUCAGUAUAUGACGUCACGGACUGUCUCCAGGCUGGCGUCAGUCUAACGGGUGUGCUGGUGGUGAUGCUUGCUUUCACCGUGCUGGAGCUCUUACUGGCUGUGUACGCUUCGGUCUUUUGGUGGAAACAAGUCUAUCCCAACACCUCUGGGAGUGUGUUUUCCUUGCUGAAGUCACAAGAUCAUAUCCAACAUGUCAAAAAGAGUUCUUCAAGGUCAUGGAUAUGAGUAACUCUUGGCCUCAGAGGAAGACGGAGGAGAAACUCAGUGCUCAUGGCAAAGUGUGAUUAAACUUUCUUAAAAUUUCAGCUACUUUAAACACUGAAAGAAACUUCAAAAAAAAAAAUAGCUUUUGUUUUGUACUUGGGUCAGUCUGAGUAAUUUUAUUGCUCUUGAAAAUAAUUUCCAAAAAGCCUG